AUGGCAGCAUCAAGCAAGCCCGUAGGACGCUACAUGGAUGUGAGUGCUGAGCCCGUCGCGUUCGCCCUUUCUCCUAUCAAAGGCCAUCAAACUGCACCCCUCGUGUCACUUGAAAAAGCAAUAGAACCUGUUGCGCACCAUUUCAAUGAAAUUUCAGAAAAUAUUUGGGUAUCAAAAAGUAAUUGUAAAGAACCCAAAGAGGGUUUAACACAAAAUGAAUCAGCAGCCAUUCAUCUAUACACAAUGCAAUUUGAUGGUGGUCCUAGUCUAUACCAAGUUCUAAAUCAAAUUCUUCGAAGCGAGAAUCGACAGAACAUCGAGCCAUGGUACAUGUAUCUCAAACUUCUUCUUACUGCACUUUACAAGUUACCUUCUCAAACCCGAACAGUUUGGCGUGAGAUAUUAGAAGCAUUUUUGGGUAGCAUCGGUAUUCGUACUAUCUUUUCCAUCGAGUGCAAAAAUGGCAAAGCAGUUGCUCUUCAUUCUUAUUUCAAAAACACAGAAGAAGAAAUCAUCCUUUCACCUGGAUCGUAUUUCGAAGUAAUUGGUCAAUUGAAACCAGCAUCUGGACUUCAUAUUAUUCAACUGAAAGAAAUAGAACCACCGUUCGCAUUUGUGAAACCACCUUCUGACAAACUUUCGACUCCAACUGCACCCGUGGGCAAAACACCAAUAAAAGUCAAUCCUCCUACACCAUCAACGACUCCAAAAUCUACAGUUCACACGCCCUCAAAGCAACCAGAACUUCCGCAUGGUAACUCAACAGUUUCAACUUUAUCUGUAUCAAAAGUCAAAGCAGAAGCCGCUCCAGAAAAAAAUGAAACUGAACAUGCAUCAGUGAAAUUAGAUGUUCCUUACAAAGAUCCAGGGGGUCAAAUUGUAGUGCAGGUGUGUGAUAUGUCGUUAUGGUUGCAAGAGCAAUUUAUCCCUAUUAUUAAAUCUUCUUUGGACGAAGGAGGUCAGGAAUCGCUCAUGGCAAGUCGAAUAAAAAAAGCUGUUGAUAAAAUAAAUAAACCAGGCUGGCAUUGUAUUGUUGGUGUUAAAUUUGGCAGUUUUGUUGGUUAUGAUAAUGGCUGUUUUUUAUAUGUAAAGUACGGUAAAGUGUUCGUGUUACUUUGGAAGCGCUAG